CUGUGAGAGAAGGCAAACAUUCAGACCAAACCCAGAUGUGGAACUGAAAGAGCAAGAGGAAAAGCAAGGGCAUCAGCUUCGAAGAAAAUUUUAUAAUCUCCGGAAUUCAUGUUAAUAUUGAAACAACACUUCUGUCCUAAUUAUUUAUCGGAACCUCUUUCUGUCAUUGCUUGUGGCGCAGAAGGGCUGCUGAGAUGGAAAGCCUCAAGAUGGAGACGGAAAUGCUUUAUCCCGAGAUAACCGUAGAAGUGGGCAGAGUCACUUUCGGAGAGGAAAACAGGAAGAGGAUGACCAAUAGCUAUUUGAAAAGAACUGAGAAUUCUAGAAUCAUCCAAGCAACGUGUGCACUGUUAAAUUCCGGAGGGGGUGUGAUCAAAGCGGAGAUUGAGGAUAAGACUUACAGUUACCGAUGCCACGGCCUGGGACAUGAUCUGGAAACUUCUUUUCAGAAGCUCCUCCCUUCAGGCUCACAGAAAUACCUUGACUACGUGCAGCAGGGACACAAUCUUAUGAUUUUUGUGAAGUCAUGGAACCCUGAUGUUUUCAGCCUAAGGAUCUGCAGUUUGCGCUCCAAUUUAUAUCAGAGAGCUGUGACUUCCACCAUCAACUUGAGUGCCCACAGCGCCCUGGAGCUCCUCCGAGAAAAACAGUCUAGAACCCAGAGAGGAAGAUCAAAGAUGCAGGAGCUACAUUCUCAGAAAGCUCUGGAUAGAUACAUGCAGGAAGAGGAAGACAUGAGGAUGAGCGCCUCAGAAUUUGUUAAAAAGGAUAAGCUCAUGUAUAAGGAGAAACUCAACUUCACUGAGUCCACACACGUCGAGUUUAAAAGGUUCACCACCAAAAAGAUCAUUCCUCGGACUAAAGAAAUGCUGCCUCAUUAUGUCUCUGCAUUUGCCAACACCCACGGGGGAUACCUAAUUAUCGGGGUGGAUGAUAAGAGCAAAGAAGUGUUCGGCUGUCAGGGAGAAAAAGUGAACCCUGACUUACUAAAAAAAGAAAUAGAAAACUGCAUAGAAAAAUUGCCUACAUUCCACUUCUGCUGUGAGAAGCCAAAGGUGAACUUCACUACCAAAAUCUUAAAUGUAUACCAAAGAGAUGUCCUGUACGGUCAUGUCUGUGUGGUCCACGUGGAGCCCUUCUGCUGUGUAGUCUUCACAGAAGCCCCAGAUUCCUGGAUCAUCAGGGACAAUUCUGUCACGAGGCUGUCUGCUGAGCAGUGGGUAACCAUGAUGCUGGAUAUUCAACCAGCUCCUUCCAAUUUGGAGGCUGACCACAGCCUUCACCCGAUUUCAUCAGCUUCAUCUACCCUAAGAAGCCUGUCAUAUCCCAUCAAAGUCUUAGAAUUUAAGAAGGCUCUCCAACAGCACCUGUUUCCAGUGACACGGGAAAAGAUUCAAUUUAAACCAGAAUCCCUCUGUAAGAAGCUCUUCUCAGAUCAUAAAGGACUGGAGGAAUUAAUGAAGACACAGAUAUAUCCUUGUUCUCAGGGGUUUGUGAUAGUUUCCAGAAGCUGGGCUAGUGAUGUCGGCUUAAGGAAGGAGCAGUAUGUCCUCUGUGAUGCUCUCCUAAUAGCGGUGAAUAGCCCCCCAGUACUCUAUACAGUCUUAACAGACCCCACGUGGACUGGGGCGCUUGUGUAUGCCCAGAACACUGCUCGUCAGUUAAAGCAGAGACUGGGAACUGUUGGUGGUUACACGGGGAAAGUGUGUGUCAUUCCGAGGCUGGUGUACCUGCCUGGCACACAGCGCAAACCCAGUGAAAUCGCCUUGUGCUAUCCCCGACCCUACAGGCUUGCCGAUGAGGACGAAAUGGAAAAAUUGUUGCAGGCUCUUAUCGUGGUCUCUCUCUGCUCUCGAUCCCUUCUGAGUGACCAACUGGGCUGUGAAUUUUCCAAUUUGCUCGUAGUGGAGCAGUGUGAGUUGCUUUCACAGAGCCUUCAGGAGACACGAGAACUGUUCAUCCACUGCUUUCCAGGAACCAGAAAGACAGUGCUGGCCAUAAAGAUCAUGGAGAAAAUUAAGGACUUGUUCCACUGCAAGCCCAAGGAGAUCCUCUAUGUUUGCGAAAGUGACGUCUUAAAGGAUUUUGUGACACAGCAAACAACCUGCCGAGCUGUGACCCGGAAAACCUUUAUGGGAGGGGAGUUCCCAAAGAUCAAGCACAUAGUGAUGGAUGAAACUGAGCAUUUCUGCAGUAAAUAUGGUGACUGGUACAUGAAGGCCAAGAGCAUCACCCACCCAAAGGUGAGGGCUGCUGGAAUUGAAAACCCACACCACGGGAUUCUCUGGCUUUUUCUGGACCCUUUCCAAGUCCAUCAUGGAGACGGCAACGGCCUCCCCCCUCCAUCUGCUCAGUUUCCUCGGAAAACAGUCACCCGCGGGAUCCACUGUGCUCUGGAAAUAGCGAUGCUCAUGAAAGAAGAAAUGAAGAGGAUCAAGGAAAAUCCUCACCCCAGCGUGUCUCCAGACACACUGGCGUCAUUCAGGGAAGCUUCAUAUGAGGAAGCAAUCUGUGCCCAGGCUCUGCCUGGGGUGUGUGAGACAGAGACCAACCUGACCACAGAAGAAAUUGCGAGACACGUGGCAGAAAGAUGUCACCACCUGUUCCAGUGUGGCUAUCUGCCCAGAGACAUAGCAAUUCUGUGCAGGAAAGCAGAGGACAGAGGCCGCUAUGAGCUUGCACUGCUAAGAGCAAUGGAAUUAUUUGAGACCUGCGGAGCCACAAAGGUUGUGUUCAGCCAGGCCUCUGGUGUUCUGGACGGUCACAUUGUUUUAGACAGCAUUCAGCAGUUUUCAGGCCUGGAGAGGAAUAUUGUGUUUGGGCUCAGUCCGGAGUAUGCCCUGUCAGAGGAAGUUCAUAAGCUCUGUUUUGCCUCGAAAGCCAUCAAACACCUCUACCUGUUUUAUGAAAAGAGGGCAACCUUCUGAAAAUUAUUUCAAACAGUAUAGGAAGGGACAGAGAGCAGAGUCCCCCUGCCCCUCGGCAGGUGGCAGCUUCGCCCUUUCAUGUGUCACAAGCGAGGACGUCAAGGCUCAGUCAGAAUUUCGUGGAGCCACAAAACUGUCUCCUGGCACUGGACCUCCCAGUCUAUUUUCGGUGUCACUGGUCUUUCCCACUCCUCUCCACCUCUUCCCUGGGACUUAUGAUGAGUCCCUUGCCUCUGGGUUUUCUAAUCCAGUCCAGCCUUCAUCUUGUCCAGCCACAGAGGUGCUCCUCAAAUACAGAACUGAUUUUGUGACAUCCCUGCUAAUGUAUCUCCAGGGAGUCCCUGAAGUCUUCAAGCCAAACUAAUUUUCAGGGUUUCCCAGGAUAACACUCUAACUUACUUUUCUAAUGCAUCCUUUGUUAUAAGUCCAUCUCCCCGUGUUUCUAACAUACCCCCGCCUCACUGGCUUCUUUUGGAGGUGGAGUAGGGUGCCCUCCAAGCAUAAGUCCAGGAGAAAGUGUGGAUACAUGCUUUUGGCCAUCAUUUAAGAUAAAGCCCAUCAGCUUUCCAAGAGGUGGGAGAGCAGGUGGGUGGGGCUUAGAAAAGUGCUCUUAGCUGCCUCUCUGAACUGCUUGGGUCACCAGGGCAGCCAGUCUGAACCUGACUUCAGCUGUCCUUUUCCUGGAUUGAACAGAAGAACCUUCCUCUGCCUCCUGUUGCUCCAACUACCUACUUCUGUUUGCCUUUCCUUGGGGGCUUCAGGGUACUUUUAGGUGGGAAAAAAAUUCCACAAUUAAUUAGUUUCCUGUUUUCGUUUUUUGGGUUAAUUUUUGGCUGCAUCGGUUCUUAGUUGCAUCAUGCGGAAUCCUUCAUUGCAGCGCACUGGACUCUAAUUGGCCCACGGGCUCAGUAGCUGUGGGGCGAAGGCUUAGUUGCUCCGAAGGAUAUGGGAUCUUAGUUCCCAGACCAGGGAUCAAACCCACAUUUCCUGAAAGGCAGGUUCUUAACUACUGAACCACCAGGGAAAUCCUAGUAAAUUCUUUUUGAUGAAGCAAGAGAUACCAGUGUGUGUUAACAUUUGGAGAAUUGAAGAUGUGUGAAUUCUCUACAAGUAAUUUAAAGAGUCAAAAAUGGAGGAAGGAUUGGGGGAUGGAGAGAACAGGGGACUGCUGAAAUUUAGUCACAAGCCUCAGGGUCAUUUGCCUUUUCUGACUUUAAACUAUUUGCAUACAUUGUAUAAUUUUUGAUAAAAUUAUUUUUUAAAAAGAAUUAAUUGCCUUAAGGAUUGCAUUUGAGAGUCUUUGUCAGUAUUAUGCACAGAGUUCAGUCAAGCUUAAAGUAGAAGGCCUAAUCCAGGGGUUCUCAACCUUGGCUGCUCUUUACAACCCUCUGAAGAGUUUUAAAAAAUACCAGGUACUUCCUUGGU